AGUUUUCUGGCGCUGGCAGGCGAGAGCAGCUGUUUCCAGGCUGGAGUAGCGCGGGCUGGAAGUUCAGUCUCGUUGCGACCGUCGGCGAGGUCGUGUCGCAGCCAGCCGUUUUUGCGGCCGCGCUCAGAGCCUUCCCGCCACGUGCACUCUCCGCUCUACUCUCUCUCUCUCUUUCUCUCUCUCUUUUUCUUUCUUUUCGCCUCUCUUUCUUUCCCGCCGCUUCUCGCAUCCUCCGUUCGUGGACCACGUCUCGGAACCGGCUCCCGGCUACGCUUCCAUCCGCGGAGGAACCCACGGCCCCGGUGUUCUCCCGGUUUUCGUGGGCGGUGAGGGGAGCUCCUCUUCCGGAAGAAACGACCCGCGGCUUCAGCAUCAUCCAGACGCCACUCAGCAGCCAUGAUAUGACACUCGAUUGAGAGGACGAGAGCCUGCAACCGACGAGGAACCACCAUCCACCAUGAGGAAGUUACUGCAAUUUUUGGCGGUGCUAUUGUUGUGCGUCAGCGCCAGGCGGACGGACGCCGGCGCCCCUGCGGAGGACGCGUACAGCGGCCAGCAGCGUCGCGGUUCCCCCCACAAGGCCAAUUACAAUGGGAACAACAAUAAUUACAACUCGCAGUCGAACUCACCGUACCUACCAUACCAGCAGCCCAGGGAGAGGAAGCCGAACAUCGUCCUAAUACUGACGGACGAUCAGGAUGUCGAGCUGGGUUCGCUGAACUUCAUGCCGCGGACCCUCCGGCGAAUAAGGGACGAGGGAGCCGAGCUGAGACACGCAUACGUGACCACUCCCAUGUGUUGUCCGAGCAGGAGCUCUUUGCUGACCGGCCGGUACGUUCACAAUCACGAGGUCUUCACGAACAACGACAACUGCAGCAGCCCCCAGUGGCAACGAGAUUACGAGCCGCACUCGUUCGCCACUUACCUGAGCAACGCAGGAUACCGUACCGGGUACUUCGGCAAGUAUCUGAACAAGUACAACGGCCUGUACAUACCGCCGGGAUGGCGAGAGUGGGGCGGCCUCAUAAUGAAUUCACGGUACUACAACUACAGCGUGAACAUGAACGGGAAGAAGAUAAAGCACGGCUUCGAGUACAGCAAGGACUAUUAUCCGGACCUGAUAGCGAACGACAGCGUGGCUUUUCUCAGACAGAGCAAACACAAUUUCGCCCGGAAGCCGGUGAUGCUCGUCGCGAGUUUCCCGGCGCCGCAUGGACCGGAGGACUCCGCACCCCAGUUCUCCCAUCUGUUCUUCAACGUCACCACUCACCACACGCCAGCCUACGAUUACGCCCCGAACCCGGAUAAACAAUGGAUCCUGCAAGUCACGCAGAAGAUGCAGCCGAUCCACAAGCAGUUUACGGACCUGCUGAUGACCAAGAGGUUGCAGACAUUGCAGAGCGUGGACGACGCCGUGGACAGGAUCUACCAAGAACUGAAAGACCUGGGCGAGCUGGACAACACCUACAUCAUCUACACGUCGGAUCACGGCUACCAUUUGGGCCAGUUCGGGCUGAUCAAGGGGAAGAGCUUCCCGUUCGAGUUCGACGUCAGAGUUCCAUUUUUGAUCCGAGGACCUGGUAUCGAGCCGGGCACCAUCGUAGACGACAUAGUUUUGAACAUCGACCUGGCGCCGACGUUCCUGGACAUAGCCGGCGUCGAGACGCCGCCGCAGAUGGACGGUCGUUCUUUCAAGAAACUUUUCCAGAAUAAACACGGGCGCAGAUCAAAAUUCAAAUGGCCGGACACCUUCCUGAUCGAGUCGUCGGGACGCCGGGAAACGCCGGAAUCGAUCGCCGAAGCGAAAGCUAGAGAGGCCAGGAAGCAGAACGCUACCAUCGCGAAACAACACGCGAACGCCACGCCGGAAGAGGAAGAGGAGACCUCGGCCGAUCCGGAAGUCGAGCACGAACCGGAGCACCGGUUCCUGGAGAACGACACCGGCAGCGACCAGGACAUCUCCGAGGACGAGGACUUCGAGGACUCCGUCAUCGAUGAUUCAAGCGCGGAUCCUCAUUUGGACAACAGAGUGCACCCAGUGCACUCGACCUAUUCGGCGAAGCACGAGCGUCUGGCGAUCGAGUGUUCACGCCCGGAAGCCCAGGCGAACUGUGUGAUGGGCCAAAAAUGGCGGUGCGAGAGGGACGGCAACCGUUGGCGAAGGCACAAAUGCAAAUACGCGGCCCCGCCGCGGCGGAUUUCGAAAAAAUGCGCGUGUUUCACGCCGAAUGGCGUGGUCUACACCAGGUUGGAGUCGAAUGAUUACGACGGGCAUCGAUACAGCGUUAGCCGAGAUAGGAGAACGGAUAGCUACGCCGACGUGGCCAGGUACUUCGCCAGACGAGGCAAGCGAGACGUCUCGGACGAAGCCAGCGAAGAUCGUCAAGAUACGAAUGAGAAUGCGGAUGACCAUAAUGACGGGGGACGGGACCGCCGCGCCAUAGAUGAGGAAGAUGACGAGGAUUUCUUGAUCGAACUGAAUCAGUUGGCCAGGGAUGUGCGAAAAGAAUACGCGAGCUUCGUGUCCGGGUUUAGUAAUCGCACGCUCGCCAACGAGAAGCUAAAGUUUGAUACCUUGAUGGACUACUCGAUGGACGACUUUGAUCCCAGCUUGGACAAGGUGGUGACGGGUCGGCUGAACAUCGAGGACGUUGUUCGGAGGCACAGGAGGAUACGGAGGAGCGUGGCUAAGAAGGACACCGUGGAACACGUUACCAAGAUCAUGGAGAGCAUAGAAGAAGAGCUGCACGACUUGAAGGCGACCCAAGCUCGUCACUCGGAAACGAGGAAAACACUGCCACCGAAGUGUUCGGUCCUUCCCCAGGGCGGAGUGAACUGCUCGGAGACCGUCUAUCAAGACCCGAACGAGUGGCGCAUCUCUAGGAGAGAGAUCGAGCAGCAGAUAAGGCAGAUGAGGAUGCAGCUGGAGACUCUGAGAGAAAUCAAGCGUCACUUGAUGAUCAAGCGGCCCCACUUUAUUCCCGACCCGGAGGAGGCUAUGGAGGACGCCAAGGUCGCGAAAGACACCAAGGACGCUCCGAAGCCGCAUCAUCACACGCCGAAGCCUCACGCGAACCGUCAUCACAAGAAACACGAGCACGCGAGUACCACGAACCCCACGACCACCACUGCCCGAUCCACUCCGAAACUCGACCAAGUUACCGAGGAGAGGAUCGCAACUACAGAGACCACAGAUAGGCCUAGAAUCACUGUCACCUUCGCGGAGACUACCGAGAGCGAGCCGUUCACCACGACAGAGUCGAUCGCCACGACCCUGUCUACGACGACCAAGCCGAAGAGGUUGCCCCGUCGUCAGAAAAUAAAGGACCCCGCUAACAAUCGCACGGAAGUUGACGAUGACAAGCCUCAGCGGCGCAGGAAGCUCCAUCAUCAUCGCAGGAACAACACACUGUUCACGAACAGCGUCCACGACGAGGUGUCGCCGGUCAAUAUCAGCGAAACAGUGAGAACAACCGUGACCGCGCAGAGCACGACGACAGUUCAGAGCACUCAGUUCCAUCCGAGUAGGUACACCACCGUUCCCACCACCACCAUGAAGGAAACAACGGUCCAAAGGGAGACUUCGAGCACCCUGGGAACCACGAACGACUUCAACCGGGAGACCAUUACGGAAAUCGACUCGCAGACUGGAUCAGACGCUUCUAAUCGCGCAGAAUCUACCGAACCGCAGAGGACAAAUCCUGUUUUCGUUAAAAUAGCCACCGAGGAUCGUUCUAGGACAGAUACCUUGCCUUCCACCCUGUCCACGACGCCGAUGACGACUCCUAUCACGGUCUCUCCAGCGAGGAAGGUUCCCAAGCUUCACAGGAACAGGACAUCUGCGAACCUUGGCCCCUCUAGGAUAGACGUGACCAUUUUGGAGUCGCCCGAUAGGAAGAACAGGCAAGAUGUUAUAGAUCUGUCGAGCAACAGACGGCUGCCGCCGCUGCUGAACAAUCCCCUGGAAGCUCGCCACAAGUGCUACUGCGAGCCGGACACGUUCACGAAGAAGGACGAGAAGGAGAUCGCCCGCGAGGAGAGGAGAAGACUGAAGAAGGAGCGUUUGAAGAAGAAGGAGAGGAAAUUGAGGAAGAAGGCCAAGCUCGAGAAGGAGUGCUUGACCGAGAAAAUGAAUUGUUUCGAGCACGAUAAUGAUCAUUGGCGGACUGCUCCCUUGUGGAGCGCCGGCCCGUUCUGUUCCUGUACGAACGCCAACAACAACACCUACUCAUGCCUUCGUACCAUCAACGCGACGCAUAAUUUCCUUUACUGCGAGUUCACCACCGGUCUGGUCACGUUCUACAAUCUGAGGAUCGAUCCAUUCGAACAAUGGAACAGAUUGUCAUCGUUAACCCCGCUCGAACGGUCCUACCUUCACGAUCAGCUGGAGCACCUGAGAGGAUGCAAAGGUACGAGGGACUGCACUGUUGGCAGCGCAAAGGAGGCCAUGCCACAGCCCCAGCAACAUCAGAGAUUAAUUUCGAAGAGAAAAUACGUGAACACGUUCGAGGAUAUGUUUGUACCGUCAGCUUUGCAAAUUAUUCGUGAAAGUGAACUCGGUAGUCCGCCUAAUAAGAGACGAAAAAAGUUGCAAAAUGUUUGGAACAGACGCAGUCGAAGCUGGCAGAGCAGUAUGAGGCAUCACCAGGACACAGUGAACUUCCGGCGGCACAGACACCAGUACUGAUUGGUUCAUUUGUUUCUCUUUCGAAUGUGUUGCCGAAGGAUCCGCGAUGCAUUGCCUUAGAUGUAUAUUAAUUAAUUCUCGCGAUGCAUUUAAUAACGUAAUUUAUUUAGUGAUAUUUAAUUGAAAGGAAACGGAAACGUGAUAUAUUUAAUUGACGAACGUUUUGAUUCCAUUACAGCCGGAGCUUGUGAUCCGAGCGACGCGCAGAUUUUUUCAAACGACAUUAUUAUACUGUUCUUCACCGUGAAAUUGUAACGUCUCGUCGAUGCACAUGACGAACAAAUGAAAGAAAAAAGAACGAAAGAAACAAUCCGACGACGAUCCUUUUUUUUUACUUAAUAGCAGAUAUUUUUUAUAAUAAUUUAUUUAUCCGCCGUCUCUUUAGGUCUCUAUUGUAAGGAGAAACAGAUCAUUUGUAUCGACACUUUGCCUAAUGAAAUUUAGAGCAAUUUUAAAAUAUCGGUCAACCGAAAGUAGGUGACAGUAGGUUGGACAGUAGGUUGUCCAGAGGGAAGAAAGAAUUCGGGUCUACCGUAAUUAGGGCACUUCGAAUUUGGAUUCUUGACUGUGGACUGAUACGCACAACGAAAUAACAAACACAAUAAUAGCGAAAUUGUCCUGCCAAAAAGAAAAACAUUCUUUGCCUAAACUCGUGAGAACAGUCUCUACAAUAUCAUACGAUCGUGAACCAUUUAUUCCAGUGCAGCUGCCAUACUUUUAACGUUUCUAUUGCCCACAGACAGUGCAAAAUUAAAAGAAAAAAAGAACGAACAUUGCUCCCGCCAUGCACUGCCAUAAAAUGUCUUACGAUCAUCACUACUAUUCUUUGCCGACGUCUUUGACCUUCGCUCUGUACAGACAGAAUAAAAAUAGAGAGCAGAAAGCAACUCCAGCCACUGUCUGAACGUAUACAACGCUAAGACUGUUUAUACUUGAAUUAAAAAUGCCGAGCGCAAUCUCUCCUGUCUUACUAGAAGCAACACGACAACUUUUUGUGGUUGCUACACCUAACAGUCUCUACGAGAAAAAAUGGAAUGCUGAUGGACCUAUGCACUCUAUCGAAUUGGAUGUAAUCACUUAACGAAUUAACGAGAUUUUUUAGACAAUACAUAAUCUUGCCCCAAACAGAAAUUGUAUAUUGUUUGAAUAAAACUACCGCGUAACUGUAUCCAUUAGCAUUUUAUUUUUUUACAAUUGUAUGUCUGUGUUAUGUACUAGGUUCUCAGUUAGUAUUCUGAGGAUAUCUUCAAGAUUUUGAAAUUAAAACAAUGUAUUUAAAUCAUGUGAAAUAAACAAAUAAAUACUGUCCAAACAA